CCCCGGAGAUAUAUCACCUUUGAUAAAUCCAUUUUGGAUUUCGUUCGAAUUUUCUUCCAAAGACUUGAGUUUGGUCUCUGGAAGCAGAAAAGUAAAUAGAAAUCCAAUAAAGCAGACCGCUGCAAAAAACUCUAGUAGACGGUCGACAAACUUAUUGGUCCCGCCUGUGUCUUUAAGUGCCAAAAAUCCUACUUGUGAUAAGACAGCGCCUAAUUUUCCACAAGCUGCUGAUAUUCCGUGGCACGUACAGCGAUAA